AUGCGAGUCGUCACGCCCAAAGAAAUCAUUGUCGUGGACGAGGGUGUGUCCAUGCUAGAUGAAGUGUUGCAGCAAGCUGACGGCGCAGCGCUGCUCCAUUUGAACGUGGCGUUUAAUCGUGUGAGACGACUCCAAGCUCUCGAACGUGCGAGAAACUUGAAGCUCCUCAACGUAAACCACAACAUGCUGCAAUCGCUUUGCGGUGUAGAAACGUUGACUGCGCUGUGUGUGCUCAAGGCGUCGUAUAAUAAGCUGAGUUCGCUGGAAGGGAUCGGGGCGUUGGCUCAGCUGUCAGAGUUGUGGAUCUCGCACAAUCAGUUGGAACUCCCCGAGCUCAAGUGGCUCCAGUCCCUAGACAAGCUCACGUCACUGCUUGUGGACGCCAAUCCAUGCUGCAAAGAGCCGUCGUACAAGAUGGUCGUGGUGGAUCUCGUUCCGUCGCUAACCCGACUUGACUCGGUCGUUGUGUCGGACGACAUGCGGACAAGGGCAAGCGCCUUCCGAAACUCACACGAAGGAAAAGCAGUUGCCAAGACUCUCCAUCGCCUUGUCCCUGCAUCGAAACCAAAGCCUUUGAACGCUGCGGGAACUGUCCAGCGUCCGUCAUCGGAAACGAAUCAGCACGACGAUGACGGCAAGGACAACGCACAAGAGACUGACUCCACUCGCGCCGCCCCACGCGCACCCACCUCUGCACCACUUCCGAAGGACAGAAAAGCAUCCCGCCUUGACGAUUUCCUCAAAUCGUUUCCUGUACAAGAAUACAUUCCAGCACCCGACGUUGACGAGUAUACGUCCUUUUCAAUUGCCGAUGCCAUCAGCGGCUUGCCCACGUUUGGAGGGUCGUCCAAGCAGCCUUCCGUGGCGUCCAAGCCCAAGCUGUCGUCUGCUGGGAGAGGUACCAAACAGUCAACUCGUCCUCUCGCCAACGCAAAGAUUUGUCCGCCCGCCGCCGCAGCUUCAAAGGCCACCAGCAAUGCGGAUCAACCUUCACCCGCCUCGACAACGAACGCACUGCUGAGCACAUCUGUCGACGAGUCCAACCAUUUCGUUCCAAACGAAGACGACGAUGACGACAUUCUCGACAUGGAACAGUACACUCGCACGCAGGCCAUGCCAUCGUCCAAGAGCCUCCAUGCAUGCACCUCCAGUCCUGAUGACACCUCACCUGGCGCUGGCGACUCUUCUGUUCUACCUCCUCUCCUCACGCUCCAACUCAACCCCUCCGAAUUGGUCGUGAAAUACGCGGGGUCGAAUGUAGCUGCAGUGGCCGUCCGUGUCGAUGGGUCGGCGCAAUGUCGGUGGCCCAAUAAUUCGAUUGCCGUCACAGUCGACAAGGAAUCGAACGCAAAGGACAUGUACCGCUUGUUUGGCACGUACAAGGACGGCAAGGUCGCGCUCAGCUUUGACGGCCACGGUGUCGGGUUCAUCAAUUACGCGAAUGGGAAAACGAUGCUGUCGACAACGUCGGGAGGCGACGGGCUCCUCAUGAACGCUCAUAACGGAGCCAUCGACAGACAGUGGUUCAAGGCCGGCCCCCCGUGGUCCACAGACAUCACAGCCAAACUCUCGGAUCACCUUGGGGUGUCCUUUUCUCUGCGCGCCAACCAGGAGUACGCCAUCCGCAUCUUCUUUGCCUGCAACGGCCUUCGCCACGCAGUCGUCAACGGAUUCAACGACGCUGUGGUCGACCCCACCGCGUGCGACGCCAUCUUCGGGAAACCCAAAGGCCCUGUCAAGAAGAAACUUGCAAAGCUGAAACAUGUCGACCUCGUCUCGGCCAUUCAAAAGUGUACGGCCCAGUUGUAGCGUGCUGUGGUCGUGAAGGUGGAAGUUCAAUGAUGGUACUGUUGGCAGCGGUGAUCUAUCUUCUACAGGUCCUUGCAGCAACCUGCCAUGAGGACGAUUCAUGCAACGAGGAAAGCCUUGGCAGAGGACAAGCACACGGAUCUCAGUUAUGUUCAGUCCGCUACCUGCAUGUUUUUGAGCUUUUCGUACUGCGAUCUCCGCAUUUUGUGCACGAGCAAGAGCGACACAACGACGACGCCGCUGACGAGCACGGCCAAGAGCCCCAAAUCGCUAGCCCCCUGGUGUGCUGAACGAUGGCUUUGUAAGCCCAAGGACAUUCGCGCCACGUCGAUGAUGCUGACGAGCGACGGCGCUGCAUCUAGGGGCUUGUAAAUGGUAACCUCGUAUUUCCUUGCGAUGGCCGAGGUGCACGCCGGACAGCCGUGGGCGACGAGUGGUCUUGCACCAGAAGAAGUCAUUUCUUCAACCGGGCACGCGUUGACGUGGUAUCGAUAGUUGGUCCCAGCAACGACUUGGGAUUCCAGCGAUACAAACUCCAACGGACACACGUGCAGAGGAUUGUUCGUAUCAGCAUCCAUGGCUUGGACGAAGCGCGCCUUGUCCGUCUCUUGAAUGCUGCGACGAGUCCAACCCCCUAGGACAGGGGGAUUCUCCGUGACGCUUGUCACCUUGUACGUAUGCGUCCAUGACUGCGCGUAUAUGGCAAUCGUGUAGGCAUGAACCGCCGAGUCCUCGCAAACGCACGCGGCAUUCGCCUCGGCGGCGGUGGGCACUGCACAUCCAUUCACGUGAAACUGGUAGUUCAUCCCCGACACGACUUGCUGGUUCACCGAGAUGAGCUCGAUCGCGCAGAUUCGAGGGAUGUUCGCGUUGGCGUAGCUGGAUUCGCUUUGGACGGCAGCAUAAAAGUCUGACGUGGCAUCGGUCACUGACCCUUCCUUCCAUCCACCGACUGAGACUUCGUGCACGGCCGCUUCCUUUGUGAUGGAUUGGAGCUGCACUUCGUCUUUCCAUCGCUUUUCAAUCACGUCGAUCGAGUACGACACAGCAGCUUCCGAAGAACAAUGGGCAGUCGCACAGGAUUCCACCAUCUCUUGCUUGGACGAGACUGGGCACGCGAGGACGUGAAACGUAUAGUGCAUCCCCGCCACGACUUGCUGGUCCACCGAGACUAUACGGUUGACACACACGUAGGACGAUGUGGCAGUCUCGAGCGCCUUGUACAGCAACGAUUUUGUUGCUUCGACGUCCGCUGAGGUGGAUCCUCCAGGCACUCCGUCGCUCAGGUCACCCUGACCGCCUCCUCCGCGAAGCCCCAGCACCAACGCCGCCGACAACGCAAUCGUCCGCAGGAAGGUCUUCAUAUAAUUCGUUCGCGCCGCAACA